AGGCGGGAUGCGGGCUUUCUAAGCAGCGGCGAUGGCUAGAGGAGACAACAUGAAAAGUUCUAACAAAUCUACACCAGAACCAACUUUGAGUAAGAUUUUAGUAGAGUCCACCACGUCCAGUUUAUUGUCGGAGUCCGUCGUAGAACCGGAGGAUGGACAAGACUUGUCGAGCUCAGCUGUGUGUUCCGCAUCUACCGUUUCUCUGCCCCCGAAUGAACAACCGAUUGGAGAGCACGACCGGUGCCGUAAAGUUCCCGUUCUUCACAGUAUAAUCGUGGAAAGAUAUGAGGGUGAAAAGUGUGGAGAGAUGUUUCAUGGAGAAGGAAUCGCUUAUUUUCAAGGUGGUCAUGUUUACAAGGGUAGUUUUUCUCAUGGGUUAAUGCAUGGCUAUGGUGAAUAUAUCUGGUCAGACGGUUUAAAGUAUCAGGGUGAUUUCAAAGUAAAUGCUCCCAUGGGUCAUGGGACUUACACAUGGCUAGAUGGCAGCACAUAUGAAGGAGAGGUGCACCAAAGUAUCCGUCAUGGUGUCGGAAUGUACAAAUGUGUCAAAACCUUAACAGUGUACAGAGGUCAGUGGUGCCUGGGGAAAAGACAAGGGCAAGGGGAAAUGUACUAUAACCAAGCGGCCACAUCAUGGUACAAGGGUGAAUGGGUGAACAACCACAGAGAGGGCUGGGGAAAACGGUGUUACCCAUCUGGAAAUGUGUAUGAGGGACAAUGGAAAAAUAACAUUCGACAUGGAGAAGGAACAAUGAGAUGGAUUUAUUUGGAUCAACAAUACAGUGGGAAGUGGAUAAACGGCAUCCAGGAGGGAAAAGGAACACACACAUGGUUUCGUAAAAGAGUUCCAUGCUCUCAAUACCCCCGCAUGAACGAGUACACUGGAGAAUUCGUUCAGGCCAUGCGUCAUGGUCAAGGACAGUUCUUGUAUGCCAGUGGGGCUUUGUAUUGUGGAGAGUGGAAAUAUGACAAAAAACAUGGACAGGGAAGAUACACCUUUGAAAACGGAAGGGUUUAUGAAGGGGAGUUUAGUAAGGACUGCAUGGCUGAAUUUCCCGCCUUCACUCCCGGCCUGAGUGGGGUUACAACUCCUUUUCCAGAUGAGAAUGAGUCAUCCAAGGGAGCUUCACAGUCAAGCAGUAACUCCUCACCUCUCGGAUCUGACAUGGUUUUAAACAUCCAGACCCUUUUAAAUAGAGUUUCUGAGGGCCACAGAAAGCAAGAAUUCAAACAGGUGGAAUUUGCAGUGCUGAGACACAUGGGUUUAUUAAGGGAAAUUUACAGCUUCUACAGCAGCCUUGGACAUGAACAGUCUAUAGACAAAAUAUUCCCACUGACCCACCUGCAGUUUUCUCGCUUUCUCCUGGACUGCAGGAUUCACCAGCAUGGAGUCACACUAGCACAAAUAUAUCGGCUUAUCAAUGUUCAUUCUCCUUUCACUGCCAUUCUUCCAAGAGAGUGUAUCAGCUAUAUUACCAUUAUAGCGUAUCAUAUUUGCCACAAAGAUAUUGAAUCCUCAAAAAACAUACUUGCAGCAUGUUUUUCAAAGCUCAUGAAGCAGAACAUCAUUCCCAAUGCAAAAAGUGUGAAAGGGCACCUGUUCUGCCAUCCUGUCCAUGCUGCAGUUGCCUUUAACUACUCUGACAAGUGCUGGGAAAUUUACCAGGCCUUGUGUGAAGCACAUUCCGUCUUCACUGUCAGACAGUUUGUCUUGAUGCUGAAGGACCUCUGUCUAUAUGACAAUGAGCUAACUGUGUCCAAAGUGAUAAAAAUCCUCUCUGCGGACAGUCCUGCAAUUUAUGACGGGACUUACAGCAACCUGGACCUGGAGAUGAGCUUUCUGGAGUUCUUUGAGGCAUUGCUGGGCUGUGCUGAGCUGAAAGGCCAAAAAAUCCAAACUUACGAUGAAAGACAGACUGACGCAAGUCUUCAGGACCACACUUCUUCCCUGUCUGAGGAGAAGGAGCAAAGACAAAGUCCCGUGCUGGCUUACAAAGAGACAGAGUUGAAUGAAUGGAUGCAGAAAACACAGCAGUUCUUCAAUCAGACCUUCCUCCCUGCAUAUGAACUCAAAGUGAAGGUGGAGGAGACAUUCAGGCUGAGUGACAACACAACUAAAAGAUAUACAGAGCAACUGGAGGUUGAAGAGAAACAAGAGGAAGAUGGAGACGGAAAUAAACUGUACCCUGUGACCACCACAUCUGUCACUUGAAAACACUAGCAGAAGAAUCAAAACUCGCAAGUACAUUGGAUUUUUUUUUUUC